AUGCGAUGGUACUUUGGAGAAAAUGGGUGGCCUUCUUCAAAGAUAUUGGAGACAGCACCUUCAAGCGACGAAGACAAGGAGAAGUUAGUUGACGUUAUUCAGGACUGGAAAACAGAGAGGUACAAAGCAAUAAUCAAAUCUGGAACUGUGGAGCCUAGACCUGGUGUUUUGCGGCUGAUGGACGAAGUUAAGGGUGCGGGCAUCAAGCUUGCAGUUUGCUCUGCGGCAACUAAAAGUUCAGUGGUGUUGUGUCUUGAAAAUCUUCUUGGACUUGAAAGAUUCAAUGGUCUGGACUGCUUCCUCGCUGGCGAUGAUGUUAAAAUGAAAAAACCCGAUCCAUCGAUAUAUAUUACAGCAGCAAAGAAAUUAGGAUUGGAAAGCAAGAACUGCCUUGUGGUAGAAGACAGUGUCAUUGGACUACAGGCAGCAAAAGGAGCAGGGAUGUCAUGUAUAAUAACAUACACACCUUCAACUUCUAACCAAGAUUUCAAGGAUGCAAUUGCAACCUAUCCUGAUCUCAGUAAUGUGAGGCUUGAGGACCUGAAGCUACUGCUCCAAGAAUCUCUCGUCACUGGAUAG